ACCGAGAACUAAUGAUACAGAAAUUAUAUCAACAAAUAUAUUAACAAGAACUGUUAACGCUAGUGAUUUCAAGAUACAAGUUUUACGGCAAAGUUUUACCAUCGAUGAUCGAAUAUGCCUAAGAUUCGUGCGAAAAGAAGUGCCAUUUGGCUGCAUUUUUCCAUAGUAUACCAAAACGAUGGAUUAAACGCAAUCGUCAGGUGCAACAAGUGCAAUCUCAUAGUGCCUUAUUGUAAAAACACGACGAAUCUGUGGUCGCACUUCCGCACACACCACAAAGACGUUCUCGAGAUGAACUCGUCUAGUUGUAAGAAAGAAGCGGGACAAGCUCGUACAACUGCAUCCAGUUCGUCAGAGACCAAAUACAGAGCGGUAAUUCCGUCAGAAAUGUCCGAUGCGCUGCGAAGAUCGUCUUCGAAUUUCACAGAAGCAGGCGAGAUAACUCGAUCUUUGGUACAAAUGAUAGCAGAAGACGUGCUUCCGUUUUCGAUAAUCAAUGGCAAAGGAUUCAUAAAUUUCGUGAGAACGUUGAACGAAAAAUACAAAAUACCAAAGAGAAGUAUUUUGAUCUCGAAAUACUUGCCAGACUCGUACGCGCGCAAAUGCACGGAGAUCAAGGAAAGUUUGUCGAAAGCGACGUGUGUUAACGUUGCGAUUAGUUCGCAGGAAAAUACGAAGCGCAGUGGCUCGAUUCUCGCGACAAGCGUCCAUUUCUGUGUCGAUAGAGUCCAACACCACAAGUUAUUGAGGAUCUCGUUUCGAUCAACGGACGACAAGUUUCCCAUAUUACGCGAGCUCGACGAAAUCGGUAAACUCUGGCAAUUCUGUUCGAAAAUAAACGUCGUCACUUACAACGACACGUAUUGUACUAUGACGUACGCCACGCAUAACACUUGUUUUGGUCAUACGUUGAACCGUGUAGUACAGAUUGCGAUGAAAAACACGAAAGUUGUAUUUGACGUGAUAAAUAAGUGCCGAGACGUUGUUCGCGAUUCUAAAAUUAACGAAGCUGUUGCGGCUUCGCAGCGAUUUGCUGCAAAUUCUUCGAAAAUGUUGAACUUAUGGGGGGAUGCGGCCGAUUCUUGGAUCUCCGCGUAUUUAAUGCUAAACCACAUGUGCGAAUUAAAACCUGUUUUAUCGAAAGAUUUCGCAGAGAAGGGCGCAUUAUCUAAAUGGGAAGCAACUUUUGAGACGUCGCCAGAGAUAUACGAAAGACCUGACAGAGAUGUAGCAGCCGUGUCGGAAGUUGAAUGGAAUAUAAUUUCGGAGAUAAUCAAAGUUUUGCGGCCGUUGCACGAAGCGACGAAAGAAUUGUUCUCUGAUCUUCACGUGACAAUUUCGAAAAUAAUACCUAUCGUUCAUGGUAUAGAGGCUGCUUUAAAAGAUAUGGAUGAUUUGUCAGCCGAUGGCGCGUUGUUCCGUGACAAUUUGUUGAGAUGUUUCUGUGCACGAUUUAAGAACGUGGAAGAGUCGGUCGGCUACGCCAUCGCCACGUUUUUGGAUCCUAGAUACAAGGACGUUGCGUUUCAUUCCAAGGAAUGUAUCGAAAAUGUGAAGAAUAUAUUGACGAAAUCAAACGUUUCCGACGAUGAAAACACUAAUUCUGAUGAAUCUACGAUUGAUAGUCCGGAAACGAACGAUGAAAAUGUGGAAACAAAUAUUUUAUGGGCGGCGUUUGAUAAAAGGGUUGAGGAAUUGGGCGUUAAACCUGACAACUGUGUUAUUAAUUGUCCAUCAAGGCACGAGUUGGAAAGAUAUAUAAAUUUGAAAAUAAUUAACAGAAAAGACGAUCCGAUCGCAUGGUGGAGUACUACGGGACACGUGAUGUUUCCAAACCUUUCAAAAAUUGCAGCCGAUUACUUGUGCGCACCUGCAUACUCUGUAUCUAACAAUCCCUUAUUUUCAAAACUGCAGAAAAUGUUAUUUGAUCGAAGAAUACGAUUGUCAGACGAACGUACUAACAUGCUCGCUGUAGUAGGUUUGAACUAAAAUAAAUAGAAUAGCGAUACAAAUUUGCUUUUUCUUACGAUUUCUUCCUCGUAUUGCCGAUGGUAUCAUCGAAAUGCUAUUAUCGAAAGGUUGAAUGAUAAGCUCGUACUUUUUGAUAGCUUAUCGAUAUUUAAGUAACAAUUUGCGAUAUAUCUAUCACGUGUGUGCGAAAGACUUUUUUCAUACAUAAUAUAUGAUUUUUUAUUCUAAAAGAUGUACGUUAAAAUAUUCGAUAGUUUAAAAGAGUUUGCCGCAUAAAUUUAGGAAAUUAAAAGAGCUAAUUAGAAGAGGAAAUUAAUAAUACUCGAAAAUUUGAAUAAAUUUAAAUAAUUCGUUUUAUGUAUGUUAUCGAGUAGAAUUUUUAAGUGUGUAGCCCAGGGAUGAAGUUAGCUGUCAGGACAACAGGUGAAGUAUAGGAUACACUUUGUUGGUCGCCGAUAAAUCAGCGAAGAUGAGACGAGUCUAGCUGCCGGACUGUACGUUGCACCUGUUUUAUUUUUCACUUUUCAAACUGCCUACCUGCUCCUAUUAAUCUUCCUUUUGAGAAUACCAUUAAACGCGAGAUGAUGGAUCUUGAGUAAUGAAAA